AUGCUCUACAGAUUACUGCGUAGUGUAUCUUUCCCAUAUAUUGGCACUGCAUUUGUUGGGAAUAAACGUCAGAAAAUUUCUUCUCUUUGGAGACUACACUCUCAAAACGGUUAUAUCAUAACCAAUUUAGUUUCCAUGAUUAACAAGCAAUUCGCCAUCAGAUACUCAUCGUUGAAGCCCCAAUUUGAUAACCUUGUAAUCAAGUGCAAAAGCAUUAGGCAAUUCAAACAAGUACAUGCUCAAAUAAUCGUUCAUGAAGGCUUUCUUCCUCAUGAAACCUCACUUCCAGAAUUGUGUAGGCUGGCGUCUUUUUGUGCGAUUUCACCUCAUGGAAACUUAUUUUAUGCUAAAACCAUAUUCGAUCAGCAACCAAACCCCACUGUGCAACUCUAUAACGCGCUCGUUAGAGGGUUUUCGGCAUCCCCUACCCAGCCUCAAGAAGCCAUCUUCUUGUUCCGUCAAAUGCUACGUAAUGGUGUAGGACCCAAUAAUAUGACUUUCCCGUUUGUAAUUAAGUCAUGUACGUUGUCUUCAAGCAUUGAAUUUGGGAUUUUGGUUCAUACCCAUAUUUUGAAAUGUGGCUUUGAGUCUGACUUUUAUGUACAAAGUUCGUUGAUUAAGUUUUAUGCGGAUGCUAAACGUUUGCCUUCUGCAAAGAAGUUGUUUGAUGUGCAUCCAGAGAGAGAUAUUGUUUGUUGGAAUUCAAUGGUCGAUGCAUAUGUAAAAUCCGGUCACAUGGACCUUGCAAGGCAAGUGUUUGAUCAAAUGCCACACAGGGAUGUGAUUUCUUGGAACAGUAUGAUCAAUGGCUAUGGAAUUGCUGGGAAUCUUGAUGAAGCAAAGAGGCUGUUCGAUCAAAUGCCUGAGAGAAACAUAGUCUCUUGGAAUUCAAUGUUAGCUGGGUAUGUCAAAUGUGGCAACGUAGAAGAUGCACUCAGAAUUUUCCGCCACAUGCCUUACAGAGAUGUGGUUUCAUGGAACGCCAUGUUAGCUUGCUAUGCACAGAAUGGAAAGCCAAAUGAGACACUUGCAUUAUUUGAUGAAAUGAAAUUAGCAGGAAUAAGGGUGGAUGAGACUACAGUUGUUAGUGUAUUAUCUGCCAUUGGUCAAUUGGGUGUUUUAGAUAAAGGUUUGCACUUGUAUUUGUACAUAAGUGAACAAGGCAUCAAUAUUAACCUAAUUGUUGGCACUGCAUUGAUAGAUAUGUAUGUCAAAUGUGGUAACAUUACAGAAGCUUCAAAGAUAUUUAAUUCAAUGCAAACUAAAGACAUUCUAGCUUGGAAUACCAUGUUAAUUGGCAUGGGGAUGCAUGGUUAUGCCAAGGAUGCUCAAAAUCUAUUCAAACAGAUGCAGAAAGAAGGCAUGGCACCAAAUGACAUGACUUUUGUUGGUAUGCUUAUUGCUUUCUGUCAUGCUGGAAUGAUAAAGGAGGGUCAAGAACUAUUGUCUUCCAUGGAAGGUGCUUAUGGUGUUGAACCAAAAGUUGAGCAUUAUGGCUGUGUUAUUGACUUACUAUCUCGAGGUGGAAGAUUGGAGGAGGCUUUGGAUCUCAUAAGGAAAAUGCCUGUGGAGCCCAAUGCUUACAUAUGGGGUGCAUUGCUUGGUGGUUGCAAGAUUCAUGGGAAUGCACAGGUGGCAGAGGCAGUGGGAAAGUACCUCUUAGAUUUAGAACCACAACAUGGUGGACGAUACAUACUUCUUUCAAACAUAUAUGCUGAAGCAAAAAACUGGGAUGAUGCAAGAAUGAUGAGGGAUCUUAUGGAAGCCAAGGGUGCAGCCAAAGUGGCAGGAUUAAGCGUGAUAGAGUCGGAGGAUGGUAGAGAUUGCAAGGAAUAUAUAUAUCAUAAAUAG